GAGCCUUCCAUUCGGAUUACAACGCACCAGCAUGCACGGAUAAGAAGUCAUGAACAUUUUUAGUCCGUGUAUGACCUCCACAAGAGUUAAGUCCGAGGAGAUCUAUCGUGAGCGUAUUACCAGUGACAGCUUAUUUGAGGCACGAACGCACUAUCCUGCCAACGCCAACAGCGACAAUCAGCAGCAGCAACAACAACAACAAUUGGAACAGCAGCAGCAGGAUAUUUCGUCGGCAUUAUUACAGGACGACGUGUUCGAAAACGACGACCUGUUCGGACCACCACCAUUACCUAACAAAUCGGACUCGAAGCGUACAAACAAAUCGAAAGUCUCGUCGCUCUUCGACGACUCCGAUUCCGGCGACGAAUUCUUCUCCGUCGCUAGUUCUGGCUCUAGAUCGCAGAAGAGCACGGAUUUUCACAACACGGUGUCAUCGAGUGACCGAACGAAGUCAGUCUCGAAAAGUGGCGAUCUGUUUGAUGACAACGUAAAUAUAUUCGGCGGUAAAGACGCUCCAGAUGUCGAUAUAUUUGGGGUAGCACCAGGUUCAAAAAAUGCAGCUUCAAAUGGUCCGAGCUCGGUAAUACCUAAGAAUAAUAACGAUAAUUCACGAAAUACGAGGAUGGAACCAAAGAAGAUCAGCCUGUUUGACGAUAAUGACGACGAUGGCGAUCUGUUUGGCGCGAAGCCGAUGAAAUUAAAGAAUGAACGUAAGAUCGAUCUCUUCGAGGAUGAGGAUGAUUUAUUUCUAACCAAGACCUCUUCGAUAGAAAAAGAUGUAGCAAAAAUCGACGUUAAACCAAAGAUCGACGUCUCCAAGAACGUUUCUAGUCUCGAAACUGAAAAGAAGAAUAGAAACGAUCCUUCAGAUCAUUUGGACGAACUAUUUUCGAAAAGAACAAGACCCCAUAAUCUUCUGUUUGAAGACGAUGAUUACGACGAUCUUUUUAGUAAAAAAGACACAGCGUCAUGUGAUAAGGACCAAUUGAAAUCCAAAGACGAAAUCAAAAAAGACAUUGCCGAACAGGCACAGGAACUUCCUGAAGAAAAUAAAAGCCCAGUAGAGUCAUCAAAUUUAAAUCGUGAUGUCAAGACAAUCAUAGAGUCCAACGUCGUCGCGAGGAACAACGUAGACGAGGAAAAGAGUGAAACUGAAAUCAAGGAAACAUCUUCCAACGAGGAAGACGGCAUAGUGAAAAAAAAUUCACCACCGAAAACUCUGAGUAUCCGGACGAUUUCACCGCCAUCCGAGGAACAUGGCAAUCAACAAGUGCCUCGACGUUUGGUGUCUGGUAAGAUAAAGAAUCUCAUGGGCAAGAUGAGUGAUUUGAAGAUACUUUCACCCAUGGAUGCACCGCCAUUAUGGAGAAAAAGCGAAGAUAAGACGGAUGAGGAAGAAGAUGUCGUGGAUCGAGACAUCGCAGAUCUAGGCAUCAGUGGUCACGUUUCACCUCCAAGUAUAUCAGAAGGUAGCACACUGAAGGAAUCUUCUUAUUCGACAAUUUCCACUACUAGUAACGCAGAAGCGGCUAUAAAUUUCGAUGAUCUGGCUCAAGUAGAAACAUUAUCUACUACCGCGUCCAAGAGCCGAGUGAGAAUUCAAGCGAAACGCCGUCCUCAAAGUCGACACGCCCGAAAAUCUGCCUUGCGGCACAGCGGUAUCGACUUCGAUACGGUUGACAAUGCGGACAACGACAAUUCUCAGGAGGAGAGUCAUACUAGCACCUGUUCAUCUAGCAAAGACCCAUCUGCCGCUCUGACGAUCAGUGUCUCCGAUCGCUUGACCGCCAAUGAUAAUAUUCAUCGCUCGGCGGUAGAUCCUGCUUCCACGGACGACAAAUCUGAAUUGGGUAGCAUUAGCAAGGAGAGCUCGAUGAGUGUAAACAAGAACACUCUUCUGUCUCCAUCCACUGACGAAGAGGACUUGUUUGAUGUGCCACCAGAUUUGCCAGAAGAUCCACAGAAGGAGGACACUUUAUUUGGCAGGGCGCCAAUACUCUCACCGAUCGACGGGCAAUCAGAUAAAACGCUCGUCGUUGUCAAACCUUUAGAUACCGUAAUUAGAAAGAUCGAUGAUAUGGAUACCGGUGUGGAUGCAAUGAACAACGAAAGUAAUAAACGAAAUUCUAGUGAAUUUGCACAAUUGAAUGUUAAUACCAAAUCAGAUACGUUGGAGAGUCCUAAAAAGAAGGAUGAUAAGCAUAAAGAAGUUGAUGAUGAGCAAGAUAAGGUAAUAAGAGCGUCUAGCGAGGAAUUGAGCGAUCCUCUGCGCGACAGCACCCAUGAUCCGUUGAAGGAUCCUAGUCAGUUGUUCGCGUUUGUCACGAAGACGCCAUCGCCAGAAAAAAGCAAAGGACUAUUAUUUUCUGAAUCGGACGAUAGUCUCUUCUCUAGCGGUUCGGCGAAGAAGCCAAAUGAGCCGAAGAAGAAAGUCUUAGAUCUGUUUGCAGACGACAACGUAGGCGGUGAUUUAUUUUCCACAGCACCAUUGAAAAGGACGGUGAAAAAGCCGUUGCGAGAUACAAAGAUCGGUCUCUUCGGCGAUGAUGACGCGCAAAAUGACGAUGACGACAGUCUCUUUGGCAAUUCGUCCAGUAAAGCGAAAUUAAAUAAUCAAUCAUCAAGUUCUAUUUCAACCGGUCGAAAAAAGGACAAUAUUUUCGACGACGAUGACGACGACGACGAAGAAGAAGAAGAAGAAGAAGAAGAAGAAGAAGAAGAAGAAGAAGAAGAAGAAGAAGAAGAAGAUGAUGAUUCCAGCGUGUUUGUCGAGUCAUCAGGCCUUUCGCAGAAAUCGGACAGCGCGUCGUUUUCGGAGCUUAAACAAGAUUCUCAAGUCGACUUUCAAACCAAGAGCUCGAAUUUGAAAGAUAUCUUCGGUAAUGUGUCGCACGACGGUGAUGACGACGACAGCGACCUUUUUGCCACGAAGAAAAUUGUUCCUAAGAAAGUUGUCGCACCUAAGUUGUCCAAGUCCCUAUUUUUGUCGGACGAUGAUGACGACGACGGCUAUAUUUUCGGUAAACAGCCAUCUGCGUCGACGCAAUCGAAAGCAAGUACGACGAUCGCACCAAGUUCAAGAUCGGUCGUCAAGAAACCGGUGACUAAAGACUUGAAGAAAACGGCCGAGAAAAUUAUCGAGGAUCCACUAAGCCUCCUUCAAGAUGAUUAACUCAGUUUCCUUAAGCUAAGUAUUCGUGAGAUUUUUUGUUAAUUACACAACGCUUAGCUACAAAAGUUUAUGCGUGUUUAGAAAAGUGAGAGAUACCGAAUGAAGUACAAAACUAAGAGGAGAAGCUUGCCUUUUGUUCUGCCAUUUAUUCAAAGGACUGUUUUUACCACUAUUGUAUGUAUGUGUGCGCGCGCGUGUGUGUGAUUAAAGUUAGUCUACUUAACAUGUUAAAUUUAUAUUAUUAAAAUUUUUAUUCAGUUUUUUCAGCGUAACAUAAUAUUAAUUUUUUUAUCGGAUAUGGACGGUUAUAAUUAAGUAACAUAUCCUAGUUAAAUUGGCAAAAAUUUAUUAUCGAGACAACUUUAUUUUUGCAGAGCAUAAGAAUAAUUUCUGAGUUUCCAAUGCGAUAAAAGAAUAUUUGAAAAAGAGGUGGGCUAUCCAGUUAGCAUAAUGUAUUGCAUUUUAAAAACAAAUUGUUUAGUCAAUAAUCUUUACUUUAUCACAGCAAGCAAAGGUCUUGACAGUGUUGAGCACGUGGUUACGAUAUGUAUAACACUAAAUAAUUUGUUUUUAAACGUUUCAGCCUUUUUACAUUUUUACAGAGGAUUAAUACUUAGUGCUGUAAAAUUUAUGCGUGUAUAGAAUACUUCAAAGAACCAAAUAAACUUUUGUAGU